UCGAAGACACAAGAUAUUCAACACCAAGGUUACAGAGAUAGUUGAAUAUAACAAAUCGUUGUGGUCAACAAGUCGUACAGGCUUUGUGAUAUAAAAGUCAUCAUUAUUUAGUGGAGUGCACUACAGGGAGUGGAUUAUGGUAGUGUAACAUUGAGGGACGACCGAAGUUUUAUUAGUUCAGAUAAACAGCUCAACUGAAUAGUAAUCUGUUUCAACUCAGAAUGGCCAUUGGAAAUAUCUCCGUUAUCGUGGCAAUAUUUACAACUCUAUUACUCAACACUUGCAAAUCUAUGAAGGAAUAUUCACUUAAAACCACCAUCACACAGCGAGGUGAUCUGGUCAAUGUAACUAUCUUCAACUUCACUGAUUCUAACACCGAUGCAUUUGAAAAUUGGAUUGAGGUAUCAGAUGGAGGGAGAUCUAAGGCUACACUAGUAAAACUUGAAGGACAGAAUUAUCAAUCAGCGAUUUUCUUUUUUCUUCUCGCCCCACGAGAAAAUGGACCAAGCUUUGCUGGAGUUGACAGGAUAGUACAGAUUGAUGUUUUGCCAGCAUAUGACGGUGUCAUCAUUGAUCUAUAUAGACAAGGUCCACAUUCUCAUUUCAGAUUGUUCUAUGGUGAAUGUUCGGAUACAUGCAAUUGUAUAUCUAACGAAUUAGUCUUCGAGACGUCUGGAAAGCGAGAACAAGUGAAAAUACCAUUCCGUAAUUCUUCAGCCUAUCUUCAUGGAACACCACUAUCUAAUUCAAAGUGCUCAGGAUUAACUCAGAAGUCACAUAUCGGUAUAAAAGUUAAUGGAGGAAGCAAUGCGCCGAAAAACCAACUUGGUCCAGGUUCCAUUGAAAUAUUCACUAUUUCAGCAUAUAAGGAAAGGUCAAAUGCCAGCUUAAAGAAAUCAAGCUUAUAGGAAUUUCAGACUUUUUGAUGCGUAAUACUUAUUGAUACUAUGAUUGUGUUUUGUUUGUAUUAAGUAGCUUUAUCAAUAAAUGUCACACAUCUGCCUGAG